AUGGAGAGCCAUGGGCUCUAUGCAGUGUGGCUACUUCGGCUGGCAGGUGGCUCAUCUUUUGUCUUCGUUUUGCUCGGCUUCCCUUGUGCAACCUUUAACUGGGAUGUAUGUUUUCGCAUCAACGCCUUGAUGAAUACCAUCCUUGGGCUCUCAAUCCCUUUCCUCGCGCCCGGCAAGAAGACACACAGCCUGCUUCGGGUUUUUCUCUUGCUGAACUCCUUCGGCAUGUUCACAGUGUCAUUGCACUGGUGCUCAGACUUCGACUCAUGGGCUAUCGGUACGGCCAUUUCGACUGUAUACCAGACCCUCAGCGGCAUCGUGCUUGUUAAGACUCAUGUGCGAGAGCACCUUGUCUUCCACGUGGGUGGAGUCUUUGCGUGCUACAUGCUUCGGGCUGAAUCUUCUAACUCGCUGGUGGAAGGCCGCCAAUGGGCGGCGAUCAUGGUGUCAGUGGCGGUAUUGUGCGUCUCCGUGAUGUGGCUAGUGGCCAGAGACCUCGCUGGAGAGGCUGCAUUGAAAACGCUGGAAGAUUUUGCGCCUGCUUUGCGAAUUCCGCUCGACAAACUUCCAUCUGCGCUAUCAAGCGACACAAGCAAUCGAAAAUCUUCUGGCUCACGCACAACAGGCUCGCCAUUGAAAGUGAGCAAGUUUGAUCUGCCUGACAACGUUCCGGAGAAUUUGGAGAUUCUACAUUAUGUCAGUGAAGGUUCUUUUGGGAGAGUCUACUGCUGCAAUUGGGGCGGCCAGCGCAUGGCUGCCAAGGUAAUGGCUUUGCAGACAGGGCAUCGAGUCGACCCAAUCAGAGAGGCUAAUCUUUGCCAGAAGCUCUCCCACGACAACCUCGUCCAGACCUUCCGUUUCCUUCAGCACUCGGCGGACCCCGCAGAUCCAGGCUGCGGCAUGCAAGUUUGGAUACUCCAGGAAUGGUGCGACAAAGGCACGCUUGGUAGUUUCUGCACCAUCCCUCGUUGGGAUGCGUGUGGCCUGAGAUACGUCAGAUGCAUUAUGUCGGAUGUGGCGAAGGCCUGCUGCUAUCUGCACUCCAAAGGCAUCAUCCAUGGCGAUCUCACGUCCAACAAUGUUCUCCUGCAGACGCGUGCGCUGGACCAAGCAGGGGAGAUAGAGUUUGUUUGCAAGCUUUGUGACUUUGGUUUGGCACGGGUCUUGGAGCAGGGUGUCACCUCGCUGAUGACCGCACAGCUGGGGACCGUUUCGCACAUGCCGCCCGAACUCCUGGAAUAUGAGGACGGGCGCCUAAGCGUGAAAGCAGACAUCUACGCCAUGGGGAUCCUCCUCUACCAAGCAGUCCUGGGAAAGGUGCCUUAUGCAGGAAUGCUGGCACCGCAAAUCAUUGCCUUCGUUGGAGCAGGAGGCUGCCUCGAAUUACCACCAGAGCUACCUCAUGAGGUUCGCCGGAUCUUUGAGCUCUGCACAGCAAGAUCCGCUGGUCGUCGUCCUUCUGCUCCUCAGCUUGUGGAGCAAUGCAAUUCGAUCUCACCAUGA